AAAUAUAAAAAUCAUCCCAGCGAUUUAAAAUCUUCGGUGCGUUGCGUGUGGUCAUGCGCACCAGGAGUUUCAAUCACAUGCGCAGUUAGAAUUAUAACAGAAUGUACUUUGCGCUGUUGAUAACCUCAAGACCUUUUGCUACAUUGCUACCACCAGCUACCACCUCUCCAUCGAGUUAAUACUCUUCACAUACCCGACUUACAUAUUUAAGUACACAGAGGAAUGCAAAAAGAUUCUCGAGAUUGUUUGGGUAUACGAUACCGUAUCAAUACCCUGGACCAAACUUGGAAGUGGCUGCACCAGACGAUUGCGAUCCACGAGUACCUGAUCAACAUCACCAGCAAAAGUGACGUUACCUGUUAUUUUUAUUAUUAA